AUGAAACUGAUUUGCUUAAGUCUAAUACUUGUUGGUUCGAUCGCAGCUUCACCUGCGUUGAGACUUGGAGUCCAUAACCCCGAGUUAACACUACUCGAUCUUCCAGCAGAAAGCCCCACAUUACUGGUUCCAUAUGGGAUUGAGGAAGACGGCUACCCGAAUAUUGACCCCUCCUGGAUAGCUACUCUUGGGAAAAGUAGCCCCGUGUUGAUUUGCGAUCACCACGCCAAGCCGUUCGUGGCUGAGCAACCAUCAAUUAUCCACAAGCCUGAUUCCCUCCCGGCGCUCAAGGAGGAGUCUCGAAAGGAUGGCGGAUCGGCCGAGCCCUUGGAAGGCGGAUCGAGCACUGAUGCUGGAAAACUUCCCGCGUUGCUUUCGGUUCAACACGCCAAGGCUUCUGAAGCAGAGCAACCAUCCGAAGCCCUCCCGGCGCCCAAGAAGGAGUCUCGUAAGCACGCUGGAUCGGCCCAGCCCUUCGAAGUCGCAAAGAGCGCCGAUGGACUGGGGUACGGGGGAGAAAGUAGUACCUCUUCACAUAAGUAA